AUGUCGGACUCCAAUGAACCCUUCUAUCUGCGCUACUACUCAGGUCACUCUGGGCGGUUCGGGCAUGAAUUUCUAGAAUUUGACUUUCGCACCCUCGGCGAUGGCCGCAGUGCUUCGGCUCGCUAUGCUAACAACUCGAACUACCGAAACGACUCGCUUAUUCGCAAAGAGAUGUGCGUCAGCUCCCUUCUGAUCGCCGAAAUCAAGCGCAUCAUCAAGGACAGCGAGAUUAUAAAGGAAGACGAUUCGAAAUGGCCGCAGAAGAACAAAGACGGACGACAAGAACUCGAGAUUCGACUAGGCAAUGAUCAUAUUUCGUUCGAGACCGCAAAAAUCGGCUCCCUAGUCGAUGUUACCGAAUCCGCAGACCCGGAAGGACUGCGCGUCUUCUACUAUCUCGUCCAGGAUCUGAAGGCGCUGGUGUUUUCUCUCAUUUCGUUGCAUUUCAAGAUUAAGCCGAUCUAA